GUGACAAAUCGCGGUCCCUUACUGUGUGGAAAAAACAAGCCACAAAACUCACUUUCUGAGCCAAUUAUUCAACCGAUUUUAAAAACAGUCAUUUAUUUCAUUAGAUAAACAUUAGGUCCAGUAUGGAAGUUGAAGAUAUUAUGAGUUCCGACUCCAGUUUUGGAGAAACUUCUGAUGAAAGUGAUUCUGAACUUGAUGCAAUGGUUUCAGACAUGUGUUCAGAAAUGGCUGAAAAAGUUAUUUCUGGCAAAGGUGAUGGUGAGAAAAAAGUGAAGGAAAGAACUGUAGUCGCGGAGCUUGAAGGUGCUGAAUCUAGUAGUGACUCCGAGAGUGAAAACGGAGACCAGAACAGUGGUUUCCUGUCUUUUAGUAAAUCGAUAAAAAACAUUGACGAGAAAGAUUCAGGUCCUGCCAAUCGACGCCGUCGUGGAUCAUCAAGAAAAGCUAACAAGAAGAAUACAAAACCAUCGAAGGUGCAGGCUGGAAAAAGGAUAGAACUUUCAUCCUCCCUACAGCCAUCGGCAAAGACAGAUGUGUACAUCAAUGUCAAUGCUUACAGUGAUCCUCAGUCGAAUUCUUUUCAAAAUCAGAAAAUUAAGAAACUAAAUCCAAAGUCAAAUGAAGCUGAGGUGCUGAAAAAGAGUGUUGUAAGUGCAGAUUUUGAGAAGAAAGAUUCGAUAAAAGCUUACGAAGAAAGUAGAAGACAGUUGAAAAAACAGAGACAGAAGGAGCGUGCCUCGACUAAGGGAAAGAACUGGUUUGAUCUGCCUGCCACUGAAAUGACGGAGGAGAUGAAGAACGACCUGAACAUCUUACAGAUGAGACGUGUUCUAGAUCCUAAGAGGUUUUAUAAGAACAAUGACAUGAAAGCAUUGCCCAAGUACUUCCAGUUUGGAAGAGUUGUGGAAUCUGCUGCCGACUUCUACCAUUCAAGAGUACCCAAGAAGCAGAGGAAAGCAACAAUGGUAGACGAACUGCUGGCUGAUGCAGAAUUCAGAAAAUUCAACAAGAGAAAGUAUGUAGAAAUCCAAGAGAAAACGUCCAAGUCACGGGGCAGAUUCAAACACGCCAAGAGGUUGAAGAACAAGAAGAGAUGAUACACUUGUUUUUCUGUAUAUCAAUUGCGAAAAUAAAAAAGUUGUAUUUGA